CUUAAAGACCCCAGGUUUAGACCCACCCACCCCCUCUCCUUGUGGGCCCGGCUCAACUGGGGGCCUCAUAGUGAGGGAGGGGGCUGUGGGUGGCCGCUGAGGGAAGAGGGAAGAGUCAGAGCACCCCAGGACCUCACUCAGUUGAAGCUCCUUAGGGCCCUGGUGGGGAAACCAAGGCAGGGUCCUACCACGAUUGUCAGACCUCACAUGUAGUAGGUGCUUCUUGGGUAUUAGCUGAAGGGUGGGUCCCAUAGCAGUGACCAGUCAGGAAGUUACCCCAGAGGAGGCUGAGUUUGGGCUUUGAGGGCUGAGAGGAAGGAACAGCAGGAGCAGUGAGACAAGAAGCAAAUUGUCAGGAGUUGGGGUAGGGCAGAGCUAGUCAAGCAGGCCUGGUGGACAGUGGGGGCUCAUCCAGAGGACUCCAAGCCCACCAGAGCUCCCCCAGGGAAGGCAUAGGAGGGACAGGGGAGUCUUGGGGGACUGGGGACAGCACCUGACAGGCUGGCGGUUGGGCAGCCCAUAAAAGUUAAUGCCAUAUAGCAUGCAGAUGAGUGGUCCCUGUUCAGGCAGGAGCAGCAGUGAUGUUCAGCAACCCCCCCAGUGAAUGGGGUCACAGAGUGAGGGGGCACUGAAUGUGGAAGGGCACUCAGGGUCACAAAGGUCAGGGCAGAACAAACCCUCAGGUGACAGGAGGGAGCAGAAGCUGACCUGUCCAGCUAUGCCACUGAGGCCUCAGAGGGGUCCAGGGAGGUUAGGUCAGGCUGGAGGCAACCUCGUCCUGCCCACACUUCCCCCAGUUCCCUCUCCCUAACUGAUCUCUACUGCCUCUUAGAAGCCUGGUCAGGCCCUCCACUUCCCCUGGUACUUUAUCUGGUCAUAUUCCUUUUUGGGCCUCAGCUUACCUUCCUGAAAUGGGUGAAUGGAAGGUGGAAUCACUUCCUUGAUGCUUGGUCCCCUGCUUCUAUUACCAAGGCGCCUGAAGGAGGAGGGUCUGUAGUGACAGGGAGAUGAGCACACAGCCCAGGCUUGGGUGGCCACUGGACAUUCCUGGGGUUGUUAUGACAACUGGGGAGCUGAUGGGGAAGUGUGGGGUCCCCGGAGAAACAGGGUCAGUUACUAUGGGUCUAUAGGGACCCUGGAAGGAGAUUGCCAUUUUCCAUAGUGAUAGUAAAAGGGGGUGGUCAGCUCUUGAGCCGCUUGCUUGAGCCUGUUUCCAUUCUGUGGAGUGUGAUUUCAUUUCAAUAAAUCUAUGCUUUCCUUGCUUUAAAAUAUAUAUACAUAUACAUACAUAGUACAAGGGGAUGGUCAGGCCCUGGGGCAGGGUGGGUGUCAUGGAGAUCAGAAGGUCCCCCCUUUCAGCACCCCCUCUCCAGGUAAGGGGGAGAGACUGGCCCAGCCACCCAGGCACUCAGACCACUAUCCUCAGUUGUCCCUGCCCCAGCAAAGUCCCAUCUUCCUGCUUCAUCCCAUGGCCUAACAUCCUCCAAGCCUGACCUCCAGUCCUGGUGAUGUAGCCAGAAGUCACAUUUAGCUUGACAUUGCCCUCCCCAUCCGGAUACUGAAUUGGGGGACACCCUAGGCCUGAGAUAGGCUAUUCCACACAGACCCCACCCUGUCCCAUUUCUGCUUGUCUAUCCCUGAAGAUGGAGUGCUCACUACCAGCCAGGCAGCUCUGACUGAGAGGAGUCACCCACUCUUGAGCUGUGUUCUUCUCUCCCUUCCUGCUCCUAGCUCUUCCCUGGGGUCUAUUAAUGCCUCUUACUGUCACUCACAGUGGGGGCUGAGGGUUGUUGCCUGGAAUUCAGGGAGCUCGGGCAGUCCAGAGCCCCUGGAUCUGGAGCUCCACUCACCUUACCCUGACCUCGAGUUGGGAAGGUAUGGCUGGAGAACUUUUACCCAUGAAGCAAAGGGAUGGUUUUAAAGAGGUGAAUGUUAGGUAACAAGCCACCGAGAGUUAGAAUGGGGACUGGACUCCGGAACCCAUGUGCUCACCACUGAUUUGGUUCGUGAGAGGCACCAGACAGGAAUAGGUCUUACAAAGGGUGCUGAUGCCCCUGAUGGGGGCAUUCCAGCAGAGCAAACAAGAGCAAAGCACAGGCAGACCUGUGGGGGUAGAGACAGCGAGUCACGCCCUUGGGCCCGGGCAUCCUGCAGGUUUAGGGUGUGGAGGCUGGAGGUGAGGUGGGCACCACCCACACAGGGCCUCAGAUGUGAGCUUGUGAUAGGGCAUGUGACUGGCUGAUCAGGCUGUGAUGGUGACAGAUGUCUACUCGAGGCCCACUGUGCGCUGGACUUGGGGUACGUCAGGCAGGGUCUGGGAGCAGCAUGGUGUCAGGCAGCUCAGUGAUCCCUGUCACCUUGGCAAACAAGGUGUACUCCCUGUACUCCCCACCAGUGUCACAACCACCAGCCCUCAGCCCUCCGGGUUACUUCAGAAUUCCAGAGGAGUCUCAGUUCCAUGCGCAGCCAGGGACUGUUUGAGCCUAAGCAGCCCUCAGGAGCCCCUCACCCCCAGCACUCUCAAGUGCCCUCACAGCUAGUUGGGCAUAAGUUGGGGUCUCUGUGGAGGCGGCCAUGAGACCCCCUCUUCCCAGGGACACCGGCCUUCCCCAUUCCCACAACCUUCUCCCCUGCUGCAGGACCUGGGCAUCACUUACCUAUGGGCCCUGGAGAGGGCUUGGCAGGUGUAGCUGCUCCCAGCCUGCCCUCAGUGGGGGACAGGGUUGGGGCUCUUACCCAGUUAGGUGGGAGCGAGGGGCUGGACUGUCCCUGACCCAUGUUCCUGCUCAGAGCUGGCACAACUGACCAAGGCAGAGGCUCUGAGAGGGGCAUGGGAAGCCUGAGCAUCACGGCCACCCCUCCCAGGCCCUGGACCUUCACAUGCAGCACUGCUACUAUGCUCUCAUCCCCUGCCAUUCUCUGCCUUCUGACCCUGGCUCCCUGAGGGACUCCCAUACCCCAACACAUCACAGUCUCAAGCCAUGGGGCCUAGGCCAGAGUUGGCCUGAGUCCUUCCAGGGAGAAAAGGUAAGACCCAGGGAGGCAGGACAGGCAGCCACCCCACCCCUGCCCAAUACUGUGCUUUGGAGACCUCCUCAUCCCCUUUCAGAGCCCCUGAAGGCUGUCUUGAUUGCCCCAGCCCUGAACCCAGCUCAGCCCAAUCUGCUGAAAGUUUACAGGACUGCACAGGCCAAGGCUGUGGUUCUAGGGACAGAAAGCAGGAGUAUGUAGAGAUUGAGGGACCCACCCCUGUCCUGGGAAGGCUGAUCAAGGUGAUGGCCACCAGGAGGGUGGGAGGUUCCUGCUCAAGUACUACAAGCCCAAGUUACACAAGGCAGUAGGGCAUAGGGUGGGCAGAGGCCUGGACAAGAGGAUGUGAACCACAGAUGGGGAGAGGUGGAAGCCGGAGAAGCAGGUCCUGGUUGGACCAGCAGCCUGGAAUGCCAGGCUCAGCAGUCGAGCCUUUAUGGGGAGGGGUUAGACAUGGUCAAAUGUGGGCUUUCUGGUGCUCAGUAGAGCUGCAGCUGGCAGGAAGACUCCCAUUUUGAGUGACUGGCUUGACUGAGGGGCAGAAGAGGGGAAGACAGCAUUGGGACAUUUUUGAAGGCAGCCAGCGGUCUCUGUGGGGCCAUUGAGGCAAGGAUCGGGUUACAUGGUCUGCAUGGGCUGGCUUGCUAGCAAUCAUGAGUGGUCCUGGCCUAGAACUAAGGUCUGGCUUUCAGCAUCCUCAAAGGUACACUGAAGGCAAAGUAGUAGAUAAGGCAUCCCCUAUGGGGCCUCCUGUUUCCCCAUCUGUAAUGGGAGAGGUUCAGAAGAAAUGGUCCAGGACCCCUGGCUGCCUCUGCUGUCUCAGGAUCUGGGUAUUUUGGGCUCCUUGCUGAUUGUUCGGUAGGAGGCUGCCAGCAGGAGAGGGUGGAGAGGUCAAUAAAUGUCACUGACAGGCAAAAUGUCAUGGUUGUGUGGGUCUGCUCCAUGGUGGCCCUGGCACCUCUCUGAGUUGUCUUCAGAUCUGCACUAAAAUAUACCAGGGAGUUCCCCAGUCACAGGGUGGAUGGCUGCUCUGCCUAGGUUUUUGGGGGAUCUGGCUCAGGUCUGCUGCGGUCAGGCCUCUUGCCCUGGGGCCAUUCAGGCCUUGCCCUGUGGUCUGGGUCCAUAGACUGCAAAAAUUAGCCAUCCAUCCAAAGAUAGUUCUGGAGGUCCUUGGGUAUGAGGUCCAUGGCACCUGGGGAGCAGCCUCAGGCCUGCUGAGUACUGACCAUGAUGUGUCCCUUGCCUCUUCAUCUUUUUCCACUCUAGCUCCCCCUGUCCACCUCUCUAACUCUAGGACUCAGCUGGUUGGGAGCUCCAAAUGGCGCCAGCCUGGAGGAAUUCCUGUAUAAGCCACCACCCACUGCUAUCCCCUGGGAGGGGCUUAGAGGUUAGAGGAGAUACAGGCUAGGCUAGGAUUUAUCAGCUGUGUUCCUGAGCAAAGAGAACUGCAGGGUCCAGAUGAGGUGGCCAGGAUAUGGCGGUGGUGGGGGGACAAAGGUAUGGCUGAGUCUUCUACAUCGACCUCUAUGGCCUAAGGCCUUGAGCACAGGUCAGGGAGCUGUGGGUGCCUUGAGUGAAGGGUACUGAAGCAGCAGGAUCAGAACCCUCACCUGGAUAAGAGCUCUUCCAAGCGCCAACCUCAUGCUUGUAAAACUAGUCUCUGGCCCACAAGCCCCACCCAGGAUAGGUGACUCCACCCCUCUGUAACAGGUCCCACCCUCAGCGCAGGCCAGGUCGCUUGCAGCCUCUCUCACUGGGGCCCAGGGUGCCCCGGCCCCCCCACAUCCCUGCGGUCUGCCGGGAGGAAGCGGUCCCCCUCCCCCACCGUGACUUUGCGUUUCCUGCCCCAGCCCCAGGGCGGGAGGAGACGUUUCCCGUUCACACCAAAGUUUUCCUGGCAGCGCCUAGACCUGGGCUUAGCCACUGCCCCUCUUGCCCAUGGAACCAGCUCUGGGGCCUGGGGUCCAGAAGGACCUGGGUUGCCUGCAGCAGUGGCUGAAGGCCUUCGUAGGUGCCUUCAAGAAGAGCAUCUCACUGUCCUCUCUGGAGCCACGAAGGCCAGAGGAGGCAGGUGCAGAGGUCCCGCUGCUACCACUGGAUGCGCUGCAUGUGCUGGCCGAGCAGCUGCACCAGGCCGACCUGGAGGAAGCCCUCCUGCUGCUCAAGCUCUUCAUCAUUCUGUGCAGAAACCUGGAGAACAUAGAGGCAGGCCGGGGCCAGGUGCUAGUGCCCCGAGUGCUGGCGCUGUUGACCAAGUUGGUGGCGGAGCUGAAAGGAUGCCCACCACCCCAGGACCAAAGGGCACAGUUGGAGAAUGUGGCCCUACAUGCUCUGCUUCUCUGCGAGGGCCUCUUUGACCCUUACCAGACCUGGCGGCGCCAGCGCAGUGGGGAAGUCAUCAGCUCCAAGGAGAAGAGCAAAUACAAGUUCCCUCCUGCUGCUUUGCCCCAGGAAUUCAGUGCCUUCUUCCAAGAGAGCCUACAGAAUGCAGACCACUUGCCUCCCAUACUGCUGUUGCGUCUCAUCCACCUCUUCUGCGCCGUCCUCGCUGGAGGAAAGGAGAACGGGCAGAUGGCUGUAAGUGACGGCUCUGUGAAAGGUCUGCUGAGUGUGGUGCGGGGCUGGAGCCAUGGGCCAGCCCCAGACCCCCGCCUAGUACCACUGGCUCUAGAGGCACUGGUGGGUGCAGUCCAUGUCUUGCAUGCCAGCCGCACACCUCCUCGUGGCCCAGAGCUUCGUGCCCUGCUUGAGAGCUACUUCCAUGUCCUUAAUGCCGACUGGCCAGCUGGUCUGAGCUCAGGCCCCGAAGAGGCCCUGGUCACCCUCCGGGUCAGCAUGCUCGAUGCCAUCCCCAUGAUGCUGGCAUGUGAAGACCGGCCAGUGCUGCAAGCCACCUUCCUCAGCAACAAUUGCUUUGAACACCUCACUCGGCUCAUUCAGAACAGCAAGCUGUACCUGCAGGCCCGGGCGCCCCCUGAGGGGGACAGUGACCUGGCUACCCGGUUACUGACUGAGCCCAAUGUCCAAAAGAUGAGGACACUGAGGCCUGGAGGGAGAAGACUGAUGCCUGAGGUCACUUGGGGAGUCAGGCAAAGUUGGGACCAAAGGCCCCAUGGAGCCAAAUGUGACCUAGUCCCUGCUGAGAAGCUCUCCAAGCCCUCCCAAACCCUGACCCCCUCAGGGUGGGGCAGGAGAGGGAGCAGCAUGCCUCUGGCUGUCAGGUUCAGCCAGGCUGAGCCUCAGUGUCCCCACCUGGAUCUAGGGGGAAGGGGCAAGGUCCUGGACCAAGACACAGACGCCAUUGCAGUCCAUGUAGUCAGAGUGCUGACCUGCAUCAUGAGUGACUCCCCCUCAGCCAAGGAGGUGUUUAAGGAGCGCAUCGGCUACCCUCACCUGCAGGAGGUUCUGCAGAGCCAUGGUCCCCCCACCCAUCGGCUGUUGCAAGAGCUGCUCAACAUGGCUGUGGAGGGUGACCACAGCUUGUGCCCACCUCCACCAAUCCGCAAUGAGCAGCCGAUACUGGUGCUGGUGCAGUGGCUGCCGUCAUUGCCCACCGCUGAGCUGCGGCUCUUCCUAGCACAACGCCUCAGGUGGCUCUGUGACAGCUGCCCUGCCAGCCGUGCCACCUGUGUGCAGGCAGGCCUGGUGGGCUGCCUGUUGGAGACACUCAGCACAGGGCUAGCCCUGGAGGCCCGCUGCCAAGAGCAACUGCUGGCACUGCUACAAGCACUGGGCCGUGUAUCAAUAAGGCCCAUGGAGCUGCGUCACCUGCUGCGCCCUCCGCCAGGAUUGGACUCGGGACCAGGUGGAGCUGAGGCUGGAAAGGCCCGACACGCAGGUGCUGUCAUCCGUUCAUUAUCAGGCAUGGCCAGGCACCAGGGCCCUGCACGCGCUCUACGCUACUUUGACCUCACGCCCAGCAUGGCAGGCAUCAUGGUACCCCCUGUGCAGCGAUGGCCAGGGCCUGGCUUCACCUUUCAUGCCUGGCUCUGUCUGCACCCCAUGGAUAUAGCACCUACCCCUGCCCCCACCCGACCACUCCAGCGAAAGCAGCUGUACAGCUUCUUCACCAGCAGCGGCUCAGGGUUUGAGGCCUUCUUCACGGCGGCCGGGACCCUGGUGGUGGCUGUGUGCACACGGAAGGAGUACUUGACCAUGAGUUUGCCUGAAGUGUCCUUUGCCGACUCUGCCUGGCACUGUGUGGCUAUCGUCCACGUGCCUGGGCGCCGGCCCUUCAGCCAGAACCUGGUCCAUGUCUACAAGGAUGGCCAUCUGGUCAAGACAGCACCCCUUCGCUGCCCCUCCCUCAGUGAGCCUUUCUCCUCCUGCUGUAUCGGCUCCGCUGGGCACCGCACAACGACCACCACCACGGGGCUGCCCAUGCCACCAGUCCCCACCACCCUGGCCUACACUCACCCUGCCCUCACCCGCUCCCAGUCAGUCCCAGCCUCCACGGGGCUUGGCUGGGGGUCCGGGCUGGUGGCCCCCCUGCAGGAGGGCAGCAUCGACUCUACCCUCGCAGGCACCCAGGACACUCGGUGGGGCAGUCCCACGUCCCUGGAGGGUGAGCUGGGGACUGUGGCCAUCUUUCACGAAGCCCUGCAGGCGACGGCUCUGUGGACCCUGUGCACCCUGGGGCCCAAUGAGACGGCACCCUUCAAGCCUGAGGGGGAGCUGCAUGAGCUCAGCACCAGGCUGCUCCUCCAUUACUCACCUCAGGCUUGUAAGAACAACAUUUGCCUGGACCUGUCCCCCAGUCAUGGGCUUGAUGGGCGCCUGACGGGCCACAGAGUGGAGACCUGGGAUGUGAAGGAUGUGGUGAACUGCGUUGGGGGUAUGGGUGCCCUCCUGCCCCUGCUGGAGCGAGUAGCUGCACAGCCCAAAGAGGCUGAGGCAAGUCCAGCUGAAACCCAUGACCUCGUGGGUCCUGAACUGACCUCUGGCCACAAAACCCAGGGCCUGGUUCUCCCAUUGGGUAAAUCUUCAGAGGAACGGAUGGAAAGGAACGCAGUGGCUGCUUUUCUGCUGAUGCUGCGGAACUUCCUUCAGGGUCACAUGGUGAACCAAGAGAGCCUGGUGCAGUGCCAGGGGCCUGCCAUCAUCGGGGCCCUCCUGCGAAAGGUCCCCAGCUGGGCCAUGGACAUGAACGUGCUCAUGUCUGCCCAGCUGCUGAUGGAGCAAGUGGCGGCUGAGGGCAGCGGGCCCCUCCUGUACCUACUCUACCAGCAUUUGCUCUUCAACUUUCACCUCUGGACCCUCAGUGACUUCGCCGUGCGCCUCGGCCACAUCCAGUACAUGUCCAGCAUAGUUCGGGAGCACAGACAGAAGCUGCGGAAGAAGUACGGCGUCCAGUUUAUCCUGGAUGCUCUGCGCACCCACUACAGCCCGCAGCGGGAGCGCCCCCUGGCUGCUGACGACCUACGCACCGUGCAGACCUCCCUCCUGGGCCUGGCAAGGGAGUUCCUGGUGCGGAGCCUCUCAGCAGAUGACGUGCAGGUCACGCAGAUCAUGCUGAACUUUUUGGCAGCCACAGGCGAUGAUGGCCAGGUGGUGGGUGCGCUGGACCUGCUGCUAGCCCUGCUGCACGGUUCCCUGGCGCAGGAGUCCUUGGCUAUCUUUCUGUUGGAGCCAGGGAACCUCGAAGUGCUGCUGGCCCUGCUAGUGCGGCCAGGUUCACUGCCCCUGCUGCCCGAUCGAGUCUGCAAGAUCCUGCGCAGACUGCAGCAGAACGAGCGGCUACCUGAGCGGAGCCGCCAGCGCCUCCGGCUGCGGGAGUGUGGUCUCCAGGGUCUGAUUGCCUGCUUGCCUGAGGGGACUGUUUCCCCCCAGCUCUGCCAGGGCCUCUACAAGCUGUUCCUGGGGGCAGAUUGCCUGAACCUCUCAGAUCUGUUGGCUGUGGUACAGCUGUCCCUCCAGGCUGACCUCAGCGUUCGCCUAGACAUCUGUCGCCAGCUCUUCCACCUCAUCUAUGGACAGCCAGAUAUAGUGCGCCUUCUGGCCCGACAGGCUGGCUGGCAGGAUGUGCUGACCCGGCUAUAUGUCCUGGAGGCUGCCACAGCUGGCAGUCCCCCUCCUUCUUCCCCAGAGUCACCCACCUCCCCCAAGCCAGCCCCACCCAAGCCACCCACUGAGUCACCUGCUGAGCCUUCAGAUGUCUUCCUGCCCUCAGAGGCACCCUGCCCUGACCCUGAUGGCUUUUACCAUGCUCUCUCCCCAUUCUGCAUGCCCUUUGACCUGGGCCUGGAACGGUCUAGCGUAGGAUCAGGCAACACUGCUGGUGGUGGCGGCAGCAGUGGUACUCUUACUCCAGCCAGCCAGCCUGGCACUCCUUCCCCACUGGAUGGGCCGAGGCCCUUUUCUGCUGCCCCUGGCCGCCACAGCUCCAGUCUCUCCAAUGUGCUGGAGGACGGCAGCCUCCCAGAGCCCACCAUUAGCGGGGAUGAUACCUCGAACACCAGCAACCCACAGCAAACCUCUGAGGAAGAGUUGUGCAAUCUGCUCACCAACGUGCUGUUCUCGGUGACGUGGCGUGGUGUGGAAGGCAGCAAUGAGGCUGCCUGGCGGGAGCGUGGCCAGGUUUUCUCGGUGCUCACCCAGCUGGGGGCCUCAGCCACACUUGUGCGCCCACCAGACUGCAUCAAGCGCAGCCUCCUGGAGAUGAUGCUGGAGUCAGCCCUGACCGACAUCAAGGAGGCCCCCAUGGGGGUCCUGGCCAGCCUCACCCAGCAGGUGCUUUGGCUGCUGCGUCUGCUGCAGGACUUCCUGUGUGCUGAAGGCCAUGGUAACCAGGAACUGUGGAGUGAGAAGCUCUUUGAAGGUGUAUGCAGCCUACUUGAUCGCCUGGGAGCCUGGCCCCACCUGGCCAACGGCACAGCUGAUCUCCGUGAGAUGGCACAGAUUGGCCUGCGGCUUGUGCUUGGCUACAUCCUGCUGGAAGACCCACAGCUGCAUGCCCAGGCCUACGUGAGAUUGCACAUGCUGCUACAGACUGCAGUGCCAGCCCGCCGCGAGGAAGCCUGCUAUGUGCUCUCCAAGCUGGAGGCUGCACUGGGGCGGGCGCUGAACACCUCUUCCUCCGAGUCAGCCACUGAUAAGGCAGGGCCCCCACCUGCAGCCACAGCAGCUGCAGAGCGCUGCUCCUGGCUGGUGCCGCUGGUACGCACGCUGCUAGACCGUGCCUAUGAGCCGCUGGGGCUGCAGUGGGGACUACCCUCCCUGCCACCCACCAAUGGCAGCCCCACCUUCUUUGAAGACUUCCAGGCUUUUUGUGCCACAGCCGAAUGGCGCCACUUCAUCGACAAACAGGUGCAGCCAACCAUGUCCCAGUUUGAAAUGGACACGUAUGCUAAGAGCCACGACCUUAUGUCAGGUUUCUGGAAUGCCUGCUAUGAUAUGCUCAUGAGCAGUGGGCAGCGGCGCCAGCGGGAGCGUGCCCAGAGUCGUCGGGCCUUCCAGGAGCUGGUGCUGGAACCUGCGCAGAGGCGGGCGCGCCUGGAGGGGCUGCGCUACACGGCAGCGCUGAAGCAGCAGGCAGCGCAGCACUCCACAGCCCUGCUGCACUGGGGCACGCUGUGGCGCCAGCUCGCCAGCUCAUGUGGGGCAUGGGCGCUGAGGGACCCUCCCACCCUCCGCUGGAAACUGUCCAGCGCUGAGACAUACUCACGCAUGCGUCUGAAGCUGGUGCCCAACCAUCACUUCGACCCUCACCUGGAAGCCAGUGCCCUCCGUGACAAUCUGGGUGAGGUUCCCCUGACACCCACCGAGGAGGCCUCGCUGCCUCUGGCAGUGACCAAAGAGGCCAAAGUGAGCACCCCACCCGAGGAGCUGCAGGAGGACCAGCUCGGCGAAGAUGAGCUGGCUGAGCUGGAGACCCCGAUGGAGGCAGCAGAACUGGAUGAGCAGCGUGAGAAGCUGGUGCUGUCGGCUGAGUGCCAGCUGGUGACGGUAGUGGCCGUGGUCCCAGGGCUGCUGGAGGUCACCACACAGAAUGUGUACUUCUACGAUGGCAGCACUGAGCGUGUCGAAACUGAGGAGGGCAUUGGCUAUGAUUUCCGGCGCCCACUGGCCCAGCUGCGUGAGGUCCACCUGCGGCGUUUCAACCUGCGCCGUUCAGCACUUGAGCUCUUCUUUAUCGAUCAGGCCAACUACUUCCUCAACUUCCCAUGCAAGGUGGGCACGACCCCAGCCUCAUCUCCUAGCCAGACUCCCAGGCCCCAGCCUGGCCCCAUCCCACCACACACCCAGGUACGGAACCAGGUGUACUCGUGGCUCCUGCGCCUACGGCCCCCCUCUCAAGGCUACCUAAGCAGCCGCUCCCCCCAGGAGAUGCUGCGUGCCUCAGGCCUUACACAGAAAUGGGUACAGCGUGAGAUAUCCAACUUCGAGUACUUGAUGCAACUCAACACCAUUGCGGGGCGGACCUACAAUGACCUGUCUCAGUACCCUGUGUUCCCCUGGGUCCUGCAGGACUACGUGUCCCCAACCCUGGACCUCAGCAACCCAGCCGUCUUCCGGGACCUGUCUAAGCCCAUCGGUGUGGUGAACCCCAAGCAUGCCCAGCUCGUGAGGGAGAAGUAUGAAAGCUUUGAGGACCCAGCAGGGACCAUUGACAAGUUCCACUAUGGCACCCACUACUCCAAUGCAGCAGGCGUGAUGCACUACCUUAUCCGCGUGGAGCCCUUCACCUCCCUGCACGUCCAGCUGCAGAGUGGCCGCUUUGACUGCUCCGACCGGCAGUUCCACUCAGUGGCGGCAGCCUGGCAGGCACGUCUGGAGAGCCCCGCCGAUGUGAAGGAGCUCAUCCCAGAAUUCUUCUACUUUCCUGACUUCCUGGAGAACCAGAACGGUUUUGACCUGGGCUGUCUCCAGCUAACCAACGAGAAGGUGGGCGAUGUAGUGCUGCCCCCGUGGGCCAGCUCUCCUGAGGACUUCAUCCAGCAGCACCGCCAGGCUCUGGAGUCGGAGUAUGUGUCUGCCCACCUGCACGAGUGGAUCGACCUCAUCUUUGGCUACAAGCAGCGGGGGCCAGCUGCCGAGGAGGCCCUCAAUGUCUUCUAUUACUGCACCUAUGAGGGGGCUGUAGACCUGGACCAUGUGACAGAUGAGCGGGAACGGAAGGCUCUGGAGGGUAUUAUCAGCAACUUUGGGCAGACUCCCUGUCAGCUGCUGAAGGAGCCACAUCCAACUCGGCUGUCAGCUGAGGAAGCAGCCCAUCGCCUUGCACGCCUGGACACUAACUCACCUAGCAUCUUCCAGCACCUGGACCAACUCAAGGCAUUCUUUGCAGAGGUCGUCAGUGAUGGUGUACCCCUGGUGCUAGCUCUGGUCCCCCACCGGCAGCCCCACUCCUUCAUCACCCAGGGUUCCCCAGACCUGUUGGUGACCGUGAGUGCCAGUGGGCUGCUGGGUACCCACAGCUGGUUGCCCUAUGACCGCAACAUAAGCAACUACUUCAGCUUCAGCAAAGACCCCACCCUGGGCAGCCACAAGACGCAGCGACUGCUGAGUGGCCCAUGGGUGCCAGACAGUGGUGUGAGCGGACAAGCACUGGCAGUGGCCCCUGACGGAAAGCUGCUAUUCAGCGGUGGCCACUGGGAUGGCAGCCUGCGAGUGACUGCACUAUCCCGUGGCAAGCUGUUGAGCCAGCUCAGCCGCCACCUUGAUGUAGUAACCUGCCUUGCACUGGACACCUGUGGCAUCUACCUCAUCUCAGGCUCCCGGGACACCACAUGCAUGGUGUGGCGGCUCCUGCAUCAGGGUGGUCUGUCAGUAGGCCUGGCACCAAAGCCUGUGCAGGUCCUGUAUGGGCAUGGGGCUGCAGUGAGCUGUGUGGCCAUCAACACUGAACUUGACAUGGCUGUGUCUGGAUCUGAGGAUGGAACUGUGAUCAUACACACUGUACGCCGUGGCCAGUUUGUGGCAGCACUACAGCCUCCGAGUGCCUCAGUGCCUGGACCUAUUUUCCACCUGGCAUUGGGGUCUGAAGGCCAGAUUGUGGUACAGAGCUCAGCGUGGGAACGUCCUGGGGCCCAGGUCACCUACUCCUUGCACCUGUAUUCGGUCAAUGGGAAGUUGCGGGCUUCACUGCCCCUGGUAGAGCAGCCUACAGCCCUGACGGUGACAGAGGACUUUGUGUUGCUGGGCACCGCCCAGUGCGCCCUGCACAUCCUCCAACUAAACACACUGCUCCCGGCCGCGCCUCCCCUGCCCAUGAAGGUGGCCAUCCGCAGCGUGGCCGUGACCAAGGAGCGCAGCCACGUGCUGGUGGGCCUGGAGGACGGCAAGCUCAUCGUGGUGGGCGCGGGGCAGCCUUCUGAGGUGCGCAGCAGCCAGUUCGCGCGGAAGCUGUGGCGGUCCUCGCGGCGGAUCUCCCAGGUGUCCUCGGGAGAGACAGAAUACAACCCUGCUGAGGCGCGCUGAACCUGGCCCGUCCGGCUGCUCGGGCCCCGCCCCCGACGGGCUUGGCCCGGAAGGCCCCGCCCAAAAGUCGGCGGGAACACCCCGGGGUGGGCCGCCCAGGGGGUGGGCGGGGCCCCACCCUACCCAGCUCAGGGAUUGGCGGGCGAUGUUACUCCCUCAGGGAUUGGCGGGCGGAAGUCCCGCCCCUCGCCGGCUGAGGGGCAGCCCUGAGAGUCAGCGCUGGCGUCUGCGGCCGUAGCAGCACUUUUUGCACAAUCUGGGGCUGGGUUCCCCGGCUUCCAAGUCCCCGUUUCGCCACAGCACGAGGGCCGCCUGUGGCCUUAAUUCCUAACGGCGGCCCCGGUUCUCCCUUAUCGGCAAUAAACCUAGCCUAGUUUUGUA